AUGGCUGCACUAGACGGCCUUCGAGGUUACGCACAGAACCACUACGGCGAGGUUCAACAAUACCGAAGUACAGACUACAUCCCGCAGUCCGCCGCUGGUGGCUACCAAGUACUCCGAGAACCUCUAUGGAAUAAAGGUCUCUCCUUUACCCCAGAAGAGCGCGUAUCAAAGAACCUCACAGGUUUAAUACCACACGCAAUGGAGAGCGUUGAGACCCAAGUUGCGCGAUGCAUGAAGGUGAUCAACACCAGACAGACCAACAUCGACAAAUACCUAUAUUUGUCGUCUCUUAAGGAUACAAACUUGGACCUUUUCUACAGAGUGCUCAUCGACAAUGUUCGCGAUUUGAUGCCUCUCGUCUACACCCCAACCAUUGGCGAUGUUUGCUUGCAAUAUUCGACCCUUUACACUCGCCCAGAGGCAUUGUACAUCUCAAUUAAGCAGCGCCGCUCCAUCAAGACGAUCAUGCGCAAUUGGCCUUACCCAGACCCUGAAAUCUGCGUGGUAACGGACGGAUCUCGUAUUUUGGGGUUGGGUGAUCUCGGUGUAAAUGGUGUGGGGAUCUCCAUCGGUAAGCUGGCUCUCUACACCGGUGCUGCGGGUAUCCACCCCAGCAAGACGCUCCCCAUCGUCUUGGACUGCGGUACCAACAAUGAGACCAAUCUGAAGGACCCACUGUACCUGGGCCUCCGAGCCAGGCGUCCCUCGCCAGCUGUCGCUCAGGAGUUCAUGGAUGAGUUCAUGGAGGCCGCGACUGAGGUCUACCCCAACAUGGUCGUUCAAUUCGAAGACUUCGAGACUGAGAAGGCAUUCAACUAUUUGACCCGCUACCGCAACAAGUACAAGUGCUUCAACGAUGACAUCCAGGGAACUGGUGCCGUCGUUCUGGCUGGUUACAUUGGUGCCGUGAACCUAUCCGGUGUUCCUCUGGAGGAGCAGCGCCUAGUCUUCAUGGGCGCUGGUUCUGCCGGUGUCGGUGUUGCCAAGCAGAUGGUCGAAUACUACACUCGCCGUGGUCUUUCAGAGCAAGCUGCUAAGGAGAAGUUCUGGCUGGUUGACACCAAGGGUCUCGUCACCACUGACCGUGGUGACAAGCUAGCCGAGCACAAGAAGUACUUCGCCCGCUCGGACAACGGUGGCCACCAAUUCCGCACCCUCGAGGAAGUUAUCGAAUACGUCCGACCCUCCGCCUUAGUUGGUCUCACUGCCACCUUUGGUGUCUUCACCGAGUCCGUCGUUCGCGCCCUCAAGGCCUCCGUCGACUCUGGUGGCUCCGGCCGACGACCCAUCCUAUUCCCUCUCAGCAACCCUCUUACCAAGGCCGAGUGCACGUUCGAGCAGGCUGUCCAGUGGACGGAUGGAACCGUCAUCUUCGCCUCUGGAUCUCCCUUCUCGCCGUUCGCCGUCAAGUCCGGAGACCACGCCGUUACCUACUGGCCCAACCAGGGUAACAACGUCUACGUGUUCCCCGGUCUAGGUCUUGGUGCCAUCCUUUCCAAGGCAUCCAGAAUCACCGACGAGAUGGUUUACAUCUCCGCCUCUUCUCUAUCGGAGUCCCUCAACGCCGAGGAGAUCCACAAGGGAUUGAUCUACCCCCGCAUCGAGCGCGUCCGGGACGCCAGCGUCGUCGUCUGCCGUGAGGUGAUGAAGGCCGCCCGUCGGGAAGGCGUAAGCACCCUACCCGAAGAACAAUGGGUUGAGUGGGAAGAAUGGGGCGACGUCGCCCUUACGAAAUACAUAAAAUCCAAGAUUUACGACCCCCUUAAAUGCUAG